GCCAACGAGUGGUCUCAAACCCAGCGGUGGUCUCCAUUAGCACGAGUCUGAUUCCUACCCUAGAUCUCUCCUAGAAGUGUACCACCGCGCCGCCACCCCCCAACCCAGAUGUUGGCUGUCCGCUGUGGCGGCGCCGGCGCCGGCGCCCACCUGACGGCCGAGAGAAUAACGGCAGCUCGGAGUGGAAAUGGCCGCGGGACCCUUCUUGCCGCGGGCACCGGGGCCAGGGAGCUUACACACAGGGUUUCCUUCUCACCGUGCUCCCAUCCCCACCGGAUCGGUGCUUCAUGGCCGUGGUCGGUAGUGCGUUGCUCCCCUGGUCCUUCUCCUGGCAUAGAGGAUCGGCCCGUCAUUAAAAACAAAAGGGACGAGGCAUGGGAGGCGUUGAAGGCGGAGAUGCUUGACAUGUUCCGCCCCCUGCUGCGCAGCGUAGCUGAGAUUUGUUCGCUCCGCCGCGCAUACGAUCUUGAGGACUAUCAAAUCGGCAUGGUCUUUGGUGCAUUUCUUGGAUGUGUUGGCUGUUACCAACUGUGGAAGACGGCUCCUUCACUCUUUGUUGAUGUCAUGCUCGCCUUCAUGUUCUAUAGACUCAGUGUUGUAUCAUCAGAGUUGCAUAAACGCCGCAAGUCAAACAGCUUGAUAACCCGACUGAAAUUUGGUACCAUACUUAUCAUGGUUUUGAAGGAUAUCAAGAAAAACUAUGUCCUCCUGGAUGCUAUUAGAAUGCCGGUUUUCCUCCUCUACAUCUGUGCAUUCCUAUUUGAUGUUGCUGGUGUGAAGAAGUAUGGAAGGCGUGGUCUGAUUUAUUUUGUUAAUUUGCUGAAAACCAGAGGCGGUAUUCAAGAAAUGUAUAGAAUUAUGUGGUAUCCUGGCUAUAUCUCUCCGUAUGACGAUUCUGAGGACUGGCUACGAGACUCUUACAUUCGGGUAUAAAAUAUUGGAGCCGGUGUGGAAACUUUUGUGAUAAUGUAAUAUAUGUGCGCAUAAGUUCUCAUUUGUACAAGCCGCCAUGUUAAUUACUAGUGGUAUAUACAUCCAUAUUAUUUGUCGCUGAUUUAGUACAACUUUAUUGGAGGGAGUAUCUAACUUUUGAAAAUCUA